UUGUCACGCCGUAUAAUGAAGGGAGGGGGGGGUAAAAAAAUCGUCCAAAAUCGCGUGAUGUCAUUUAUGGGCGGCCCCUCUGCUAAUGUAUAUACGACCGGUCAACAGACAGCAGCCUGCAUCUACAUCUGUGGGUGGAGUCUCUUUGGCGGGAAGACAACAAAGUGCCUCCAUUGUCUGUUCCAGCCGCCUGCCCGCCUUGGCUUAUGUGUUGCGUUCGCUUCAGUCUACACGCAUGUUGAUACUGAGAUUCGAAGUCUGACAAUAUUGAUAUUCAGUUAGUUAAUAGUUCCACAGUGAAUUAGUGAUAACGAAAUUACGAAUCUCAGUGAAGUAGAAAAUUAACGUUAAUAAACGGAGCAGUUAAUCACCAUGAAGAAUGUCGAAACAUGCGGUGUGGGAUUACUUCACUAAAGUUGAUUCUGAUGCAAGCAAGGCGCAGUGCAAAGAAUGCAACAAACUGUUAGAUGAUGAUAGAAGAGAAAGCGACUAAACAUGCAUUACCAAAUUUUGUGCAGACAUCCUUGACAUCAAUGGCCGAGAGCAGAAUGGUCUGGCCUGAUGACCACGUUGCAGUCCAGCGAAUUGAUGAGUGCAUCAUGGACUUGAUCGUUGUCAACAUGUUACCCUACUCAGUUGUUGAAGGUGAAGCAUUCAAAAGACUGAAGAUUGGUGAUCCACUCGGCGCUCAUCGCUAUAAGGUGAAAAGCGAAAAAUACUACAGAACAACGCUGAUGCCUGCCACAUAUGACAAAGUCGUGAAACACGUGACAAAUCUGUUGCAGGAGGCCACAUGGAUAUCGUUUACUACAGAUGGAUGGAGCAAUCCAACAAAAUCAUGCUCAUUACUCAGCUUCACGGGUCAUUUCAUUCAUGAUGCUGUGUGGCGCAAAGUUAUCUUGAGUGUGACGGUGCUGGAACAAGAUCAUGAUGGAAAAUAUCUUGCAUCUAAACUUUGUGAAGCCAUGACGAAAUGGGAGAUUGCGGAGAAGAUUCACGUUGGAGUGCGAGACAAUGCCGCCAACAUGAAACUGGCAAUGAGACUCGCAGGCGUCGCUGAUAUUGGCUGCAUGUCCCACACAUUACAGUUGGUUUUGCGUGAUGCCCUGUUCACGCAGACAUCAGUAGAAGUUGUCAUCAAGAAGGCUCGCAAGAUUGUCACUCACUUGAAGCAUAGUGAGCAGGCUUGCCGUCAUCUCGUGGAACACCAGCAAACGGUUAAAACCCCAGAACAUUCACUACUGCAAGACGUCGAGACGAGAUGGAAUGGUAUGUAUCUUAUGCUGGAGCGGCUGGUCGAACAGCGCAAGGCGGUUAAUCUGUACAGUGUGCAGCGUAGUGGAAUCGACAGUUUCUCUCUCGCAGAGUGGGAACUGGCAGCAAGAGUUGUUAAAAUUCUUAAACCAUUUUACACUGCAACGCUGGAGAUUUGUGUUGACGAUGCAUGUAUUUCUGUUGUUAUCCUGCUCGUCUCAAAUUUGAAUAACAUGCUCAACACUACAGCAGCAGACCAGGGCCUCAAGCAAAUGAAAGCGACACUGUGAGAUGCAAUGUGCUGUCGAUUCUCUCAUAUCAGUUCCUCGGCACCCUUCCUUGCUGCGACGCUGAUUGACCCACACUUCAAGGAUACUUAUUUCAAUGUCCAGAAGGCAGUGGCAGCGAAGAAAGUGGUUCUGAACUUUCUACGCUCAGUCCAAGAAAGCGCUAUCAAAAAUAUGACUGCGCCAUCCGCAGCUUCGCCAAUUGACAACGUUGAGCCAGGACUUGAGAGCAGCGAGACUUCCGAAUCCGGUGCCCAAGAGGAGGAUGAUCCCUGGGCUGCGUAUGACAGCCAACCUGCUAAUGUGAAUCCAUCACAAAAUGUCGACAUUCAAACUGACGCCAUACCGCCGUUCGAACAGCAGUUGACCAAUUACUUAAAGGAACUGCGUUUGCCUCGAAUGACCACGGGCAUAUAUGCGUACUGGCAUUGCAGUCAAUACCCACUUCUGGAAGCCGCUGCUCAAAAAUACUUGUCUGCACCGCUGAUCAGCGUGGCCAGUGAACAGUUGUUUAGUGCAGCAGGACAGUUGUAUGCAGACCGGCGCAGCAACCUGCUGGGCGAAAAUGUGGAAAAACUGUUCUUUCUUAACUACAACAUUCAUUUGUUGGGAUAUAAUUACUAAGUAAGUAAUACCUAAAGAUUUGAUAUUUAGCGACUCUUACUGCAGGCUCUGAAUGGUUAGUUCUAGAUUUAUUUUUAAUUAAAGUAGCAUUGCAUCAUAACAUAUUUAAUAAAUCUUGUGUUCGGUAACUUCGGUUAUAUACCUUUCUGUUUCGGUCUCGGUCGAAAGUGUAUGUAAACUUUCGGUUUCGGCUUCGGUUUCGGCCGAAAGUGGAGUAAAAAUUUCGGUUUCGGCUUCGGUUUCGCCGAAAGAACAUUUUUAACUUUCAGUUUGGUUUCGGCCGAAACCAGAAAUUCAGUUUCGGUUGGCCUCUAAUCUAGAGUCUCUUUGGCAGGCGAGGCUGCAUUGAUUCGGUCAUGAAUCCCGCAGUCCCAGACACUGCAUGCUCAAGCAGCUUUUGUUU